AUGAAGGCCAUCCUUUACUAUGCUGUCGCUUUCGUUGGCUUCGCGACACUCGUAUCGACCACAGAUGACACUACGUCCUCGUACUGCACCCCUAAUAUAGUUUGCGACUCAAACUCUCCCCGCGUCGGCUGGGUAUCCUCCUCCCCACUUCGAAACUCAUUCAGCAUCCUAUUCAGCUGUCUAGCAACCUUCUUCGCCUGUGCCUGGUCCAUCCUCCAACUCAACUUGCCAGGCCUCCAGGAAACAGCCGUGCAAAAGUUCACACGCAAGGUGAAAUGGAUGGUCCUCACGAUCAUCUUCCCAGAGCUCCUGGCCUCGAUCGCACUUAUCGAGUUCGGUCUCGCGAGAAAGUCUCGUAAAGAGAUGCGAAUGCUUGCGGGUGGACACAAUUGGACGACGACGCAUGGGUUCUUUGCCAAUAUGGGUGGCUUUGUGUUGCGGACACCUGAUCUGCAUGACUUUCCGUUGAAUGCGGAGUCGCUGAGACUCCUCGUGACGGAAGGCCCGGUGACAAUUCCGGAGACUAAGAAGGAGGAUAUCAAAGAUCGAAGCAAGACGGAUGUUUUUGCGCGCUCAUUUGCUGUGUUGCAGGGUCUUUGGACGGUUGUACAGUGUAUUGCGCGGUAUCGGGAGAAUCUUCCCAUCAUGGCGCUUGAGGUCAAUGCCGCGCUUUUCACUAUCAUCAGUCUGUGGACGUAUAUAUUUGAGUGGUCAAAGCCGAAGGAUGUUUCUGUGCCGAUCAUGCUUGUUUCGGAGGAAAAGAUCGGGGCUGAGCAGAUUGAGAAGAUCGAGACCAUAUACAAGGACUGGUACAAGAAGGACGUUGGGGAGACGCUUGCUAUCCAGCGGAUUCCUUUCGGUCCUCUGAUUUCGGCUUUUAUGAGUGAUAAACUCAAGAUGAAAUCGUGGGUGACAGGGUUGUGGUUUGGUCUCAGUCUUCUGGCCGGCUUCUAUAAUGGGGCUCACAUGUGGGUGCAUGAGAAUUUGUUCAAUAGUGGUAUGUGGAUUGCUUGGAUGGUAUGCGCGUGGGGAGGAGUUGGAUUGCCGCUAAUUGCUAACUUGUUGAUCUGGUUUGAUCAAUGUCUACCCGACGUCUUUCUCGAGUGGGCUUGGGUGAUUCUGGUGGUUUGUUACAUGUUGAUUCGAAUUGGGUUGCUUGUUGUCGGGAUCAUUUCAUUCUACUCACUACCUUUGGCGGCUUACUACAACGUGACUUGGACCACGUUCAUUCCUCAUUUCUAG